UUCAAAAGCCGGAUGAACGUUGAUCGAAUCAUCCAUGGAGAGGUCAAAGUGGAGACUGUGCGUCUGUUGCGCGCUGCUGCUGGGCUGCGCUGCGGUCGCGGCCGUGUGCGCGGCGGUGCUGGUCCGUAGGCGCCACUGUCCGGAGGAGUCCUUCACGCACGCCGCUGUGGCCGCCGACUCCGGGACGUGUUCGGAGAUUGGACGGGACAUCCUGCAGAGAGGAGGGUCGGCGGUAGAUGGCGCCAUUGCCGCGCUGCUCUGCACGUCAGUGAUCAACCCCCAGAGCAUGGGUCUCGGAGGGGGCGCCAUCUUCACAGUGAUGGACAGCGCCGGUCAAGUGAGAAUCAUCAACUCCAGGGAGACGGUUCCAGAGAAGUUCGACCCUGACUUGCUUCAGUCCUGCCCCAAAACAUUCCAGCUCUUAUCGGGUGCCCAGUGGAUCGGGGUUCCAGGGGAGAUCCGUGGCUAUGAAUACGUUCACAAGCGUUACGGGAAGUUGCCGUGGGCUGCUCUCUUUCAGCCCACCAUCAAGCUGGCCAGAGAGGGCUUCCCACUUCCGCAAGUCUCGGGUCGCUACAUCUCCCACCUGGAUCCCAACAGCAGUCUGCCGCUGCGCCAGCUGUUCCUGGGGGCGGACGGGAAACUGCUGCAGACUGGUGACACGGUGAAGUUUGUCAGUCUGGCUGACACGUUGGAGACCAUCGCCAAUCGUGGAGCAGAUGCUUUCUACUCAGGGAGAAUAGCUGAAAAUUUGAUCCGCGACAUACAGGAGGCAGGAAGCACGUUAACCUUGCAGGACUUGGCGUCGUACCGAGUGAGAGAGACGGAAGCGUGGGUUGUUCCUUUGGGAGAGUACCAGAUGUACAUCCCCCCGCCACCUGCUGGAGGCCUCCUUCUCUCCCUCGUCCUGAACGUCCUGAAAGGAUACGGCCUGAGUCCCGCGUCUCUGCAGGCUGGAGAGAAGUUGACUUACCAUCGCUACAUUGAAGCCUUUAAGUUUGCCAAUGGAUUAAGAACACACCUGCGUGAUCCAGAGUUCUCCUCUGAGAAUGUGGCUCAGAACCUGACCUCGGACGCCAUCGCCGACCACAUCAGGGGUUUGAUCAGCAGCGCUGGCACUCACGGGCCGGAAUAUUACAAGAGCAGCUGGUACCUGGACGGAGUGGGCACCUCACACGUGUCAGUGCUGGCUGAGGACGGCUCGGCUGUGUCGGUCACCAGCACCAUCAACCACAUAUUUGGAUCCAAAGUCUUCUCCCCGAGCACCGGGGUCAUCCUCAACAACCAGCUGUCAGACUUCUGUGGGCAGGUGGAUCGCAUGUUUACAGGCGAGCGGCCCCCCUCCUCCAUGACCCCCGCUGUGCUCAAGUCCCCGUCCCGGACGCUGGUGAUCGGAUCGACCGGCGGGAGCAUGAUCACGACCGGCAUGGCCUCAGCGCUCAUGCACCACCUCUGGUUCCGGAGGAGCCUGAAGGACGCCAUCGCUGCUCCCGUUGUCUUCGUUGACUCUCAGAACGCAGUGAAGUUUGAACCCAACUUUGACAAGGGCAUCAUCGAGGCUCUGAAGGCUCUGGGACACAAACAAGACACAGCCAGGAAGUUCUACAACGUGGUCAACGCGGUGGAGAAGGAGGACGGCUGCAUCUGUGCCGUGUCUGAUGCCAGGAAGCUCGGCAGAGCGGCCGGAUACUAGAGGCCAGGACUCGGCAGAUGGAGGCUUGAGGUCCACACCGAACACAUCAGACGCAGGACGCCAGAUCAGACUCACUUUUAUUGUUUGAUAAUCUUGUCUUUUGUUGAAGCAUUUUAUCUUGCACCAAAUGAGUGUACGUCAUUCAUAUUUGUCCAAUAAAAU